AUGCCUCUCAAUCUACCGGAGAACCUGGACGCCCCAGUCCUCUCCCAGUUCUCCCUGGCCGGUAAGAUCGCCAUCGUCACAGGUGGCUCCCGGGGUAUCGGUCUUCAGGUCGUCACCGCGCUCGCCGAAGCUGGGGCAGAUGUUGCCUUCAUCUACCACAGCAGCACGAAUGCCCAUGAAGUGGCUUCCGAGAUUAGCGCAAAGACUGGCCAGAGGGUCCAAGCCUACCAGUCUGACGUGACAGACCGAGCAAGGAUAGCAGACACGAUCCAGGAGAUUGCCAGCUCUUUUGGAGGAGGCAGGCUUGACAUCAUGGUCGCCAACGCAGGUGUCUGCCAGAACGUCAAGUCACUCGAGUACACGGAGGAAACCUGGGACUACAUUAACAAGGUCAACUACGACGGUGUCAUGUGGACGGCCAUCCCGGCGGGCAAGAUCUUCAAGCAGCAGGGCAAAGGCAACCUCAUCAUCACGGUGUCUGUGAGCGCAGGCCUGGUCAAUGUCCCCCAGACCCAGGCCGCCUACAAUGCAUCCAAGGCAGGGGCUUUGCUGCUCGCCAAGUCGCUAGCUGUCGAGUGGGCUGACUUUGCCCGGGUUAACUGUGUCUCGCCAGGAUACGUGCACACGGAGAUGAUUACGACCCAGCCAGAGGAGUUGAUGGAGAAAUGGCUAAGCAUGAUUCCAGGCGGCCGCACUUGUCUGCCCCAGGAGCUGAAAGGCCUGUACACGUUCUUGGCCAGUGAUGCUUCGACAUACAUGACAGGUUCGAAUGUGAUAAUUGACGGAGGCUUUACGUUACCAUAG